AACUUUUCAACAACAAUGGAUCCUGAAGAUUCCUCACCUGCUACAGACAGACAAGCCAACUCAAAGGUCCACUUACUGGCUAAAGACAAAGUAUUAGUUUCCAUAACAACUAGUGAUAAUGUUAAGUUGAAGACCAGCUCAAUUAAAUCACAAGAUGAGAGGCUGAUGAUUGAACCCAGCUUGUCAAACCCUGCGAUGAACUCACCAACGGACACAUCGAGGGACAUUACUAAAAUAAUUCACCAAGUUAAAGAGGUAACACAGGAGAACCUGCCAGAGAAUCCAGAUAUGGAUGUAACAGAAACCACAAACACUGAACAUUCUUCCCCAAAGAACACUGAAACCCAGGGGCAUACAAUGAUGAAUGUCUGCAAAGUGAGAGAAAAUGUGCUUCAGCCAACAGAUGAUGUCAUAAAGACCAGACUUACUAGUUCAUUACUGGCAGGCGCUGAAUUACUAAACAAAGCCCUGAGUCUGGAACGAGUACACACCUCAGAGGACCUGAGCCACUUAGAAGUGGCAUCCAAGUCACCUCAGGGUCACAUUGAGAGCCAUCAGCAAAUAUCUGCAGCCGAAUUCACACAGGAUGAGCAUCAGAAAGAAAUGCAAUUUAAUUUGUCAGACUUGGAGAGCAUUUCGACAGAGGAACCUUCACUGGAGAGAUCACCUGCUGGAGGUAAAAAAAAUAAAGAUGGCAUAAGAGAGACUGAAGAACUAGAAAAUAUGGAGUCUGCUUCAAAGGGUCUGCAUUGUUUCCAAGCAAUGAAAACUGAGAUUAAAGACCUUUCUCUGCAUGGAACGGAAACAGAAGAGGGCUAUUGUGUGACAUCUAAUAUUGCUGGUGUAAUUAUACUGGGUAAAAACAAACCCCUGCAACAAAGCCAUGAAGACAUUAUGGAUUCUCACCCCCCUUCUAAAUCUAAUAUUCAAGCUUCUCAAAAAAAAGAAAUAGAGGAUUCCCCUCUUUUAGUGAAAGCCAAAGUCCACACAGAGAAAAGUCUAGAAUGUUUUCUGGCUGUAAUAAAUCCACAGCCAGAGACACAAACCUUUCCAGAGACAGUGAAGAAUGCUAUACAAAAGAUGGAUCCAGAAUUGAUCUCUUCUCUUAGUGCAGUGAUUGAUGUAGAUGGUGCUGCUGAUCAGCAGAGAUUAGACACCAACAAGGUCUCGGUCAACAUGAUGUCAUCAGACAGUCUCAAUCCCAGCCAGUUUAAUCAGAAUAUCAUCAGCUCAAACACAGAUAUGCAUAAGGAAACAUCUGCAACCUGUUCCAUCUCUGAACUCAUGGCUGGUCCUGAGACAGCUUCAAUUGUUAAAGAGGACAGGCCAAGUGUCACGCCACCUCUUUCAAGUGUGGACAAGAUUGAAGUUGGUCUGUCUGGUUCCCCUCAACUUUUAACAAAUGAGUCGACUGAUUCCAUAGUAAGCCUGACAGACAUAUCUGAUCAAGUCCAGGAUGGAUGUGCUGCAGGAGUUGCAGUGCCACGCAAUGAAACAAACACAUCUGCUUCACAAGAUGUGUAUCAUUCCGCCUCCAUGUGCAACCUAAUAAGUAUGCAAGCUAACGAGAAACACGAUAAAGAGCAGAACAAGCUGUCAACGCAAGCACAUUUACAUCUGGUCACCUCUAACACUGAGGAGAAACAUUCAAACCAGCUUAACCAAAAACACACAACAGAGAGCGGGUCUAACAUCUUGACCACAGAUAGUGCUGAAACAAGCAUGGAUGCUCAACAUGGUGCACAGAAACGACAUGUUUCAGAUAUGAUCAAGGAAACUAUUGAGUUGCAGAAAAAGAUGAAGGAGUGGACCAAGCCAACAGAGGCCCGAGGUGACCUGACCUUAGUUCCAACACAGUCUGUUAAAGUAUCACAGAUGAAAGCAGCGUUUGAUCCACCAAAGAAAUCACCUGACAAAGCACUAGAGAGAAAAACUUCAGUGAGAAAAGAUAUGUUCAGACGGGUUGUGCGACAGAGUAAGUUCCGGCAUGUGUUCGGCCAGGCAGUGAAGAACGACCAGUGCUACGAUGACAUCAGGGUUUCUCGGGUCACGUGGGACAGCGCCUUCUGUGCGGUCAACCCCAAAUUUGUUGCCAUAAUCGUGGAAGCCAGUGGAGGCGGCGCAUUCAUGGUUUUGCCUCUUAAUAAGGGUGAGGACAGCACCCAGGCAGGCAUUUCAGAUGAGAAGUCGGGCCGUAUAGAUAAGGCGUACCCUACAGUAUGUGGCCACACUGGUCCUGUUUUGGACAUUGAUUGGUGCCCUCACAAUGACCAGGUCAUCGCUAGUGGAUCAGAAGACUGCACCGUGAUGGUGUGGCAGAUCCCAGAGAAUGGUUUGGUGACCUCCAUGUCAGAGCCAGUGGUGGUGCUGGAGGGUCAUUCUAAAAGAGUAGGCAUCGUUACCUGGCAUCCCACUGCCCGCAAUGUCCUCCUAAGUGCAGGUUGUGAUAAUGUUGUUAUAAUCUGGAAUGUGGGGACGGGAGAGGCCAUUAUUACUCUGGAGGAUAUGCACCCUGACGUCAUCUUCAGCGCAUGCUGGAAUCGCAAUGGCAGCCUCAUCUGCACCGCCUGCAAGGACAAGAAAGUCCGAGUCAUUGACCCGCGCAAGGAGGAAAUCAUUGGAGAGAAGGACAAAGCCCAUGAGGGUGCCAGGCCCAUGAGAGCCAUUUUCCUAUCUGACGGCAAAGUGUUCACCACUGGUUUUAGCCGCAUGAGUGAAAGACAACUUGCGCUCUGGGAUCCGGAAAAUAUGGAGGAAGCAAUCUCUGUCCAUGAGAUGGACACCAGUAAUGGAGUCCUCCUUCCCUUCUAUGACCCAGAUACCAAUGUGGUCUACCUAUGUGGAAAGGGUGACAGCAGUAUCCGUUAUUUUGAGAUCACGGACGAGGCUCCGUUCGUCCAUUACCUCAACACCUUCAUCACCAAGGAACCCCAGAGGGGCAUGGGAUACAUGCCCAAGAGAGGGCUGGAUGUCAACAAGUGUGAGAUUGCAAGGUUUUACAAAUUGCAUGAGAGAAAGUGUGAGCCUAUCAUCAUGACCGUGCCAAGAAAAUCGGACCUGUUCCAGGAUGACCUGUACCCUGACACGGCGGGGCCAGAGGCUCCACUAGAGGCUGAGGAGUGGAUUGAAGGGAAGAAUGGAGACCCCAUCCUGAUAUCCCUGAAACAUGGAUACAUUCCAGGCAAGAACCGUGACCUCAAAGUGGUCAAGAAGAACAUUCUAGACAACAAGAUGACCAAGAAAACAGAGCAUACCACCCAUGCCAACAAGACUGCCACCUCUACACCAUCUAUCAAAAGUGAAGCUAAGAUGGACGAGGUGUUGAAAGAAAUCAAAUCUCUCAGAGAGCUGGUCAGCAGUCAGGAAAAAAGAAUUGCCAAACUUGAGGAGCAGUUGUCUAAAAUGGACAUCUAAAGGACCCUGCAAUCACCUCCCCCUUCUAUUCAGGAUAUCCCAUUGGCCAGGUGGGCGGGACCCGUCACUGCCAAUUAUCAUGACAGAGUUCCGUCUGAUUGCCUGCCUUUUGCAGUGUCUCCAACCGACAUUCCAAGAUAAAUAGUUAUUCCCUUUGCAAUCCCCCGAAUCUGUUUACACCUAAUAGCCAUUUGGAAAAUGAGAAAUGCCUCAGUUUUAGCUUUUACUCAGUCUCACUCUGAAUCUUUCUGUAACAGUUGUGUUUUAUCUGGUAUUCUUGAAUGGUCUUAAGUUUUUGUUUUGCUUUUCUUAUUAAAAAUUGUGACCAAGAAGAUUGCGUUAUGAAGCAGUAACAUGAAUUUGAUGAGCUCAAAGUUUAAAGUAGCCAUCAGUAUUGCAGUUCUCACUCUCGCCCUUUUGAGUUGCCAAAUUUGUAGAGGAGUUCUGUGUAUGCACCUCCCUGACAGUAUUUGACUAGCUUUUCAUUUUUGUCUUCUCUAAACGUUGUACGUAUAAGGGACAAAACAAUAUGCUCGUAAUGCAAGGAGGGGGAAAUCAUUGGAACCAUUCUUCUCUGUUAUAGGUAACUUCUAGAGAAUACGAAAUAAAAAAAAUAACGACUUUAACCAACCUGGUAAACAUGUAGAGUUGACAAGGUUUACAAACCAGUACUGGAAAACAUUACAGGUGCACUAAAAAAGUCCCACUGAAUUUUUUUGGUCAUGAUUCAGGUACCCAUGAUGAAGUAUUAAAGAGAUAGUUCACCCAAAAUUAUAAAUUCUGUCAUUUACUCGCCCUAAGGUUGCCCCAAACUCAUAUGACUUCUAAACCGCGCAGCCUAUUUUAUAAAUAUAUAUUUGAAGUCAUAGAAUAAUCUCUAAUAUUCUAGGUGGGCCUGGGUCUAAUCCAGCCCACCUAGAAUAUUAGAGAUUAUUCUAUGAUUUCAAAUAUAUAUUUAUAAAAUAGUGGAAAAAAUGCAUACAUUCUUAUUUCUGAAAGUGUGAAAGAACUGUUUCAAUGUCUCUGUUGUUAGGAAAAUUUGGUAAAAAUAAAAUUGGGCCGAAAAUGUGGCCCAUCCAUUUUUAUUGAGGCCCACCCAAAACUAAUUUCCUUGCUGCGCCCUUGGACUCCAUGAAACACAAAAGGUUAUGUUGAGCAGAAUGUUAGUCUUAUUCACCAUUCACUUCCAUUGCAUCUUUUUUCCAUACAAAUAAAGGUGCUGCAAGCUAUUUUUUUUUUUUUCUCCAUAGAAAAUUGUGCAAAAAAUGUUCAUACCCCCUUAAAGAUAUUAAUGAAAUAAGUGUCCUGAGAUAGGUCACCAGUCUCUGUGAACAAAAAUGUGUUUGCUGACGUUGAUGCUUUUUACCUGUCAAUAAUUUUACUCGUCCUCCUUUGAAGUGGAUCAUUGAGGCUAUGAUUCAUAAUGUUUGUCAGUUGAGGGUGCUAUUGUGCCACUGUUGAAUUUGACAGCCACAGAAACAAACAAUGAUGCUCUUUUGCUCUGUUUUGGUCUCAAAAUUAUCUUUGGAGGAAUGAGGGGUAUGGUUAAUUCAAUGGCUCCGUCACGUGAAAGCUUAUAGCACCUUUAAAGGGAAUGGUGACUGAAGUGAAUAUUCUGCCUAACAUCUUUUUUUGGAUUCCAUAGAAGAAAAAGUAUCAUGGGUUUGAAACACAAUCAUUGGUCAGUAAAUGAUGACAAAAUGUUCAUUUUUAGGUGAACUAUUCCUUUAAGAUAUUAGUAGACAAAGGAAUCAAACCAUUGGUUCUGGUUGCUGCCAUGAAAACACCCAAUAAUUACUCUUCCUUUCACAAGGAAAAUACUUCCUUUCUUAAUACAAAUAUUUCCUUUCUUAAUGACAACAAUUGCUUAUGACCGUAAAUGCAUGCAAACAUAGAGUUUUUAUUUUUUUAAUUCUAUUUUAUAAUCUGUUUCUCCACAUUCCCCAUUUUACAUAUCUGCACUUUUUCUUAUACUGUUUCCUGGAUGAGGCCAGAAACCAACAGUCUAAAGCUGUUAGCUUCUAAUUUCUCAUACUGAAAGAUAAAGAAAUAAGGCCAGAACAAGAACACGGCUAUAGAUGUCCAUUAGCUUUAGCUGUGUAGGUUGUGAAGUCUUUAAGUAACCCUUUUUAAAAAAAAAAAAAAAAAAAACGCUUUUACUCUGACUAUGGACCAAGAAUGGCAGGUCAGACAUUUUUCAGGUCUAAGAAAAUACCGUUAGUGCUGUGCCGUUGCCAUGCAGCGGUUUGGUUUGGUUUCUCAAUCCUUGCUACAGCACAUCUCAUCUCAAGUUUGUGGCAUCCACACCCUCUUGAUCUCAAAAACCAGACCUGCAGAAACUUCCAAGUGAAUUGGUUUGUUUAAACAUGCUUUUGCAGUGCAUUGUAGGCUAUGACUUCCAGCGAAACCAGUGAGUCAUAAUUGACUUCCUUUUCCUAAAGGGGUCUUUUUGCUCUCCUAACCAAGCAGAACCAAACCUCUCAAGGGGCAGCCAAGGUCUAGAUGAUCAUAUCAUAGCUGUAUUGGUCAUAUUACGUGGACCACAUUUACAUGGUGAUGACAACUGGCCUUUUGGUUUUGUAAUUUUCCAUAUCAAGAAGAGAAAACUGAUUCAAACAAAUGGCUUUGGUUGCAUCCUUCAUCAGAAGGUUUUGCUGUGGGUGUUUUACACUUAUAUCUCAGUUCUGUUUGUAUCACUGUCUAGUGCCUCUUUCAUUGGUUCUGAAAAGUGCCUCCCCCUCCUCCACAAGCUCUCAGUAUUAGAUGGUAAAAUAUCAACCACCUCUUACCACCAGCCAUCCAACAUGAAAUUUAUUUGAAACAAGCCCACAGAUAUAUAUAUAUAAAAUUAUUAUUUUUUUUUUGUUUGUUUGUUUUUUUUUUUGUCACAAGCAGCAGCAACUGGAUACCGCUGAUGUCAUACUCUCUCUUUCGUUCUGUUUCUUUUUGGUGAAGUUUUUAAGUUUUAAAGGGUUUGAUAAGGUAGGGUCCAUGUUUGAGGGACAAAUGUGCCAAGACAGAAUGAUAUUUAAAAAGGAAAAUGGGGCUGAGAGAUGAAUGCCACUUCCUGUUUUGAAACAUCUACAAAACAGUGUUGUGUUCCAUGAGAUGUUUCAGUAGAUGUUACAAAACAGGACAAAACGAUGGGUUAACACGAGUAGUAUUGGUAAGGUCUUGGCUUCAGGUUUGACUUGUUUGGGCCUAAUUAAGGAAUAAAUGAUCAAAAACCAACUUCAGGAAGUGAUGGAUCCAGUAGUCAUGUUUUUGGGUGUUUCAAGAGGCCUUAAGGUCAAGAUGCCCUUGUGAUGUGGCCUUGAGCAUGUGAUUUUGAUGAUGUGAAUGACUGACACGAAUAAAGGGAUUACUGUAGGUUGAAAAGAGAGUACAAGUAGAAGGCUGUAAGUGAUUUAAAUUGAUGCUUUGUAAAAAAAAACAAAAAAAAUCAUUUUCCUUUCUUUUGCUUUUUUCUUUGUCUAAAGGAUGGUAUUGUCCAUCAUUUGGAAUUUGGUGAUUUAAAAAAAAAAAUGCUUUAUCGCAUCUCCCCUCCAUUAUGCACACUGUGAGCCUUUACUGUUUCCAAUUAUACAAAUGAAUUAAAAAUUGAAAGGAUGGAAAUCUAGAGAUUCAACUGUGUAUAACUGUUCCAUUUUUGUUCUUUCAUCUGCUUCAAGUAUAAAGAGUCUCAACGAUUACCAGAGAAAUAAAAAAUAUACUGAACUUUU